AUGUCAAAGGACGCAAACAUAGGUUUGAUAAAUAUAAAAGAAGGAGGUUAUUCCUUUACGGAUAAGCACACGAUUAUUUACACAUGGACAAUCAAUGAGAUAUCGUCAUGGCUUAAAACUGCAAAAAGUACACAAGAUGAUGUUCAUAUGAAUUCACCACUCUUCUCAACCGGUGCAAAAAUAAAAGAUUCAUGGUAUUUACAACUUAAAAUUGUAAAAGAUAAUGUUGGAUCAAAAAAUAAAUCAUGGGUCUCAAUAUAUUUGUGUACUAUAAUCAAAGAUCUCAAAGCCCGAACAAAGUUCAUAUUCUUUUUUUUAAAUAAUGAAAGAAAAAAAAUUUUACAUGAUCGUACAGUGUUCAAUGAAUCAUCAGGCCCAUGGAUUGAUCACCUUUUUGAUAAUUCAUCUUUUUCUGGUUGGGGUUUUGCCAAUUUUGUUAAAAUUGAUACAUUAUUAGAGAGAGAGAACGGAUUUUUUCAAAACGACACAUUGAUAGUUGGUGUAGAUCUAACUGUCUACGAUGAUUAUGUUACUGCUAAUAGUCCAAAUAACUUAUUGGAAGAUUCUAAGCGAAAAUUGAGCGACGACUUUGAAGAUCUUUUUGAAACUAAAAAGAAAUGUGAUAUUAUUAUCAAAGUCGGGGAUCAAAAGUUCGAUGUUCAUAAGUUAUUUUGA